AUGGCGACGUCGUUGAACGUCCUCCUAGCACUUCUGUUGGGGUCCAAUUGGCUCAGUGGGCUGGCUCUCGCCGAGGAGUCUGUGCAGUCAAAGAACGAGACCGUUAUCCGACGUGGCUUCUGUAUCGUCGGCGGGGGUGCAGCGGGGACGUACGCUGCAAUUCGUCUCCGCGAGCUGGGGCAGGAUGUUGUGGUGGUAGAAAAGACCGGCCGUCUUGGAGGUCAGACGCGAACCUAUUUCAAUUGCCUCACGAGCACCGCCAUCGAUUACGGGGUGAGGAGAUUUGACGACUCCCCCGAAACCCGCAAGUUCUUUAAGCAUUUCAAUAUCCCGGUGGAAAUUGACACUACCGCGAACGACUUCGAGACUGCGCGAUACGACUUCCGCACGGGAGUGCCCGUCUCGCCGUACCCAGGCAAUGCGACGGAGGCAAUCGGGCGCUACACCGAGGAGCUCGAGCGAUACUCAUACCUGUCUCAGGGAUGGAAUCUUUCCGAGCAGGUGCCCGAGCCUCUUCUCGAACCCUUCCGUGACUUUGUCAAGCAACACGAUCUGGGACCUGCCCUGGAGACCAUGACUUUGCUCAGCCAGGGAAUGCGCUAUCUGCUCGACUAUGCCACCGUUUACCUGUUGAAGAUCGUCUCGUUGAGUCAGCUUAGAGGCCAGCAUCUGGUCCCCUCACGUCGCAACAAUUCUGAGAUUUAUUACGCGGCACAGCAGGAGCUGGGGGAGGACGUGAUACUCCACAGCACAGUGGUGCAUGCGCUGCGGUCCGAUAAUAAGCUUCAUCGGUUGACAGUCGAAUCGGACACUGGCGAGAGAGUUAUUAUCGAAGCUGAUGCGACCGUCAUGGCUCUACCCCCUAAGAAUGACGAGAUGGAUGGCUUCGACCUUGACAGCCUUGAGUCGUUCUUUGUUCGGCAAUUCCAGUGGGGGUACGUCUAUACCGGCCUGAUCAGCGACAGCGGCCUGCCAGAAGACACCCAGAUCUUGAACCGUGGCGUUGAUACGCCGUAUAGACUUCCCCGGUAUCCGUCCACGUACUCGAUUGUGUCUACAGGCGUUGCUGGCAUCCAUCUAGUGACUUAUGGAAGUGCGGAAGAGAUGAGCGAGGAGGAUGUUCGUGAUGCGAUCGUCGAUGAUAUCCUGGGACUUCAGGAUGGGGGUCUGAACACGACGCAGCCGACAUUCCUGGCUUUUGCGACCCACAGCCCAUUCGAUAUGUCCGUCAGCCGGGAGGCGAUCAAAGCAGGGUUCUACCAGGACGUGGGAGACUUGCAAGGGCAUCGCAACACUUAUUGGGUGGGGUCCGCCUGGGAGCAUCCUGAUUCAUCUGCCAUCUGGAGAUCUGUUGAUCGCCUGCUCCCAGCGAUUAUCAGUGAUUAG